UAUAUACAUUCAAAUGGAGAUUUGAAUUUUGUUUCUCUUUCGUCUGAAGGUCUUCCAAAGUGUUUUCUGUUUUCAUCACUUCAUUUGAAUCAAUUUCCCUAAGAAGUGAUCAGAAAAACCCUAAGAUUUAACCUUUUUUUUUUGUGGUGGCAAUACGAUUGAUUAUAGAUGGCAGGUGCGUCGAUUGCAGGAGUACAAGAUCAUUUGAAAUUGGCGAGAGAAUAUGCAGUUGAAGGCCUCUAUGAUACUUCCGUCAUCUUCUUCGAUGGUGCCAUCGCUCAGAUCAACAAGCACUUGAACUCACUUGAUGAUCCUCUGGUUCGUUCAAAAUGGAUGAACGUAAAGAAAGCUCUCUCAGAGGAGACUGAAGUUGUAAAGCAAUUGGAUUCCGAGAAGAGGUCUUUCAAGGAUACUUCUGUGGGUAGAAGGCCAACUUCACCUCCUAUAUCUACGAAUAAAUCAUCAUUCGUUUUUGAACCAUUGGAUGAGUACCCAACUUCAUCUGGUGCACCAAUGGAUGAUCCCGACGUUUGGAGACCACCUAGUCGAGAUACUUCGAAUAGAAGAUCUGCAAGAGGUGGAGUAGGGGCUACAAGGAAGUCACCACAAGAUGGAGCUUGGGCUCGGGGUUCUACUACCAGAGGUGGAGCAACGGCUCGUGGAGGAAAAACUGGUGCUUCGGGUAGGGCUAACUCGGGAGUUCGAGCAUCAGUUAACGGGAAAAAGGGCACGGGCUCAGGGAGGCCAAAUUCCGCCAAGGAUGAAUCUGGGAAUGGAGAUGCUGAAGAGGCAACGACGAAACGUGGGCAGUAUGAGGGGCCUGAUCAUGACUUGGCUGCAAUGCUUGAAAGAGAUGUCUUAGAAAACACCCCUGGAGUCAGAUUUGAAGAUGUUGCAGGGCUGACUGAAGCAAAAAGGCUUCUAGAGGAAGCUGUGGUUCUACCUUUAUUAAUGCCUGAUUACUUUCAGGGAAUUAGGAGACCAUGGAAAGGUGUUCUCAUGUUUGGUCCACCUGGAACUGGGAAGACACUACUGGCUAAAGCGGUUGCUACCGAGUGUGGCACGACAUUUUUUAAUGUUUCGUCUGCUACAUUGGCUUCAAAAUGGCGUGGAGAGAGUGAGCGCAUGGUUCGAUGUUUGUUUGACCUGGCCAGAGCUUAUGCUCCAAGCACAAUUUUCAUCGAUGAGAUUGAUUCUCUUUGCACUUCUCGUGGGGCUUCAGGGGAACAUGAGUCUUCAAGGAGGGUUAAAUCUGAACUUCUAGUUCAGGUAGAUGGUGUAAACAACACAGGUACUAACGAAGAUGGUAGUCGCAAAAUAGUGAUGGUUUUGGCAGCUACAAAUUUUCCUUGGGAUAUAGAUGAAGCACUAAGGCGCCGUUUGGAAAAACGAAUAUAUAUUCCUCUGCCAAAUUUCGAGAGCAGAAAGGAGCUUAUAAAGAUUAAUUUGAAGACCGUUGAGGUAGCUGCUGAUGUGGACAUCAGUGAUGUAGCUCGUCGAACCGAGGGGUAUAGUGGUGACGAUUUGACAAAUGUAUGUCGAGAUGCUUCCUUAAAUGGAAUGCGACGUAAAAUAGCUGGAAAGACACGCGAAGAAAUUAAAAACAUGUCCAAAGAUGACAUCGCGAAAGAUCCCAUUGCCAUGUGCGACUUCGAGGAAGCCAUAUCGAAAGUCCAACCUAGUGUUUCUGCAUCUGAUAUCGAACGCCAUGAAAAGUGGUUUUCGGAAUUUGGAUCUGCAUAAGAAGAAUAUGAAUCAGCUCGAGAUUGCGAGUCGCCUAUUUCUGUUCAUCGUGAUCAAGUACAGGGAUGUGUUGUCUUUGCUGUUUUAUGUGUUGUUCCCGGUUAUUAAUGGGUAAGAAAGUGGACGUUCUUGCAGAAUGUGUUGUUAACUUGUUGCCAAUUGUGAAAAACUCCUUUGUUGUCGUGUUCUUGCGUAUUUGUUGCGGUACUUUUGGUUGAAUGAUCU